AUGCCUAUCGACCCGCCCCCCAAGCGUCGUGCCACCGGUUUCCGUCGCGUCCGUGGUUCUGGUGACCUCCAGCCCAGAACAGAUGCUCCCAUUGUAGGUCGUCGAAUGGGCGACGAUGGCGUAUAUCUCUCUCCUCUGCGCCAGCUUACCACCAACAUUCUCGACACUUAUCGCAUCUGCAACCCCCAGUUCAGAUACGAAUCAACUCACAAUCCUCGUAGAGUUCUCACCAAACCCAGCAAGCCCGCCCAUAACGAGGGCUACGACAACGAUGACUAUGAUUAUAUCUUGUACGUCAACGACUGGCUAGGGACUGAAGAUGGCCACAAAUACCUCAUUCUUGAUAUCCUCGGUCAGGGCACUUUUGGCCAGGUCGUCAAAUGUCAAAACAUGAAGACACAUGAAAUCGUCGCCGUCAAGGUUGUUAAAAACAAGCCAGCUUACUUUAAUCAGAGCAUGAUGGAGGUCACUAUCCUCGAACUCUUGAAUAAAAGUUGCGAUCCCGAAGAUCAGCAUCACAUUCUUCGUCUCCGGGACUCUUUCAUCCACCGUAAUCACCUCUGUCUCGUAUUCGAACUCCUCUCCUCCAACCUUUACGAACUUAUCAAGCAGAAUCAGUUUCAGGGUCUUAGCACCCAGCUUGUCAAAGUUUUUAUGGCUCAGCUUCUCGAUGCCAUGACCGUUCUCAAGGACGCCCGCCUCAUCCACUGUGAUCUCAAACCGGAGAAUAUUCUUUUAAAGUCAUUGCAAUCGCCACAAAUCAAGGUCAUCGAUUUUGGUUCAGCAUGUCAUGAGCGCCAGACUGUAUAUACAUAUAUUCAGUCGCGUUUUUACCGCUCGCCAGAGGUGCUUUUGGGCAUGGCGUAUACCGCUUCCAUCGACAUGUGGUCUCUCGGAUGCAUUGCCGUCGAGCUUUUCCUUGGCCUUCCGCUUUUUCCUGGGACAAGCGAGUAUAAUCAGCUCACGCGCAUCGUCGAAAUGCUCGGCAUGCCACCGCUUAGUAUGCUCAAUACAGGGAAGCAGACGCAACAGUUCUUCGAUGUGUAUGAUGUGUGGAAUCCUCAUCUCAAUGCCAAUGAGAAAAAGUACAGACUCAAGACUAUUGAACAAUAUUCCCGGGAACACAACACAAACGAGCAGCCAGGAAAGCAGUAUUUUAAAGCCACGACCUUACCGGACAUCAUCAACACUGCGCCAAUGCCAUCGAGCAAGUCGGGCGGGAGGGGACAAGAAGUGGAUAAAGAGCUGAACAAUCGCGCAUCGUUCAUCAAUUUCUGUCAAGGUUUGCUGGAUCUGAACCCAGUGACACGAUGGACGCCUCAGCAAGCCAGGCUUCAUCCAUUUAUAACCGGAGAAAAAUACACGAAGCCCUUUGUGCCCGAUGGUCUCAACCAAGCACAUCAACCAGUCCCAUCGGGUGCAUCAGAUCCGAAACGACCGUAUGGUGGACUGGUGCCUUCACAACCCAAGGGUUCAAGAGCUUAUCAGGAUGCUGCAACGUACAAUCACCAUCUGGCGCAGCACCAGGUGUACACAGCGCAGGCGCAGUCUCAGGCUGCAAAUACGUUCCGCAACCCGUAUAUGAAUCAGCAACAGCCAUCGCAGCCACCACAGCCCCAGCAGGCCACUCCAUCUUACGCCAAUCAAACGGAACCACCCACGCCAGGAUUCUCACAAACGCAGCAAUAUGCCACUGCACCUCCCCCCGGCGGACAUCGGUUGUCGCAUCAAAAUUCUACGGGACAAUUGAACAACAGUGCUAACGUGCAGUCUUAUACGACGUCUUUGACCUCCUCCUCAUCCGGAGGUCACCUGAAUCCGAAUGUGCCUUCGAAUGCCUAUUAUCCUUCGCGUGGACGGGCAAAUACCAUUAACCAGAUGGAUUCGGUGCCACCGGCGUUGGCAAGGUUACAACAUAUGAAUCAAGAUGUCAUCGCCGGUCGAAACGCGCUAACGCCCGUAUUGAAUCGGGACGAUGGGAUACGGGAGUGGGAAAGAAGGCAACAAGCAGGAGGGAAGCAACCUGCACAGACGUACCCUCAGCUCGAGUUUUUGCAGCAGCAGGCCGAACUUGCAGCCGCGUCGGGCAUUUCAAGUUGGAAUGCAGGUGGUGCUGUUCCGAAUCGGUACCAACAGCCACCGACGAGUAAGCUUGCCCAUUCGUAUCAUCCAUCGCAACACGAAGAAGACAACGGGAGCACUAGAAGGGAUGCCGUUAUGUCGAAUGUACGGAGCGCUGCGAGGGGAGACGUGUAUGGUGCGGCGGGGGUAAUAUCCAGUCCACCGCAGACAUACACUAGUAGCGGGACGACGUCGGGCAAUCGGUAUGCCGCUACUUAUCAACCCACACAGCAGGGCACCGUGUUUGAUUCGGUGGAUCGACGGACUGACAUCGGUAAUAUGUUUGUGCCCAUGCAACCAGACCCAUAUGCUGGUGGUGGUGUGAGGCACCCCAGCCAAGCGGUUCCGCCGUCGUUUUAUGGCGCGGGAGUCGUGUCUGCUGGCCAGCCUGGCAGAAAUCCGUUUGGGCAGGGAGAGGCCAAGGAUGCGAGGAGAGGCGGUGGAAUGGACGCUUGGCCCAGAUGA